AUGGAAGAAUAAGUCAUAAAUGUAAUUUUCGAUCCUAAUUUCUAAUCUUUUGAUUAAGAAUUGGCCAAUCUAAGUAUGGAUAAAAUGAUGAGCAUCUAAUUCUCAGAAGAAUUAUUACAAAAGAAUUUUGCAGUUUUGAUAUCUAUAUUAAAAUAAUUGCACAAAGGGAUGGUACUCUUAAAUUCUAAAGUAUCAGAUAAUUCUGAUUGGGUCUAAGUAUUAAAUGUACUUAAAAUUAGAAAUUGAAAGAAGUUAGUGAAACUCCAGAAUCAAAACAGUAGAACAAGGACACAAUUGAUCAGAUCACUGCUAAAUUAUAGGAAAUAUAAGAGGUUUCUCAAAAGGAUUAUGUAACCAAAGAAGAAUUGGAUUAAACUAAUCAAAAAUUUAGUAAAUAUUAUAAAUACAUUCCAUUUAGAUAGAAUUGUAAAAUAGUAAGAACAGAAUUUGCAAGAUCUGGAAGGAGAAUAAUCUGCCUAAGCUAAGAAAAUAGAAGACUUAAAUAAUAAUUAAGCACAAUAAUCUGAGUAGUUAAACAAACUAAGUCAAGAAAUUGAAAAUGUUAAGAAAUAAAUGAGUGGUUUCUAAAAUGAGUUGCAUGAAGUGGAAGAACGCAAACCAGAACAGAUUAUAAUAGAAAAGGAAAUAAUCAAAGAAGCCCCCGCUUAGCCAAUUGCUUUACCUAUUUAAUAUGCAGGGAUCGAUGAUGAAAUAAAAAGAUUAAACUAAAUCACCCUAGAAUUAAGUAAAUAUGUACAUUAGAGCUAGAGUAAAAACAAGAAUAGUUGUCAUAAGAAUUAGCGAAUUUAAGGGAGGGACUAAAUAAUAUCAAAGUUCCUGAGGAAAAUCAACCAGUAGAUUUAUCAGAUAUCAAUAAGAAAUUGGAUGGCCAUGAAAGUGAGAUUUAAUCUUUAUUUGAAAUUGUUGAUAGUGUGAAAUAGAAGUUAAAAGAUUAAAAUAAUAAUUAAUAAUCUGAUGUCUUAAGUGAAGAAUUCAUCUAAAUUAAAAAUGAUAUUAAGAAAUUGCAAUCAUAAAUUGAGGCUUUGUAAACAUAAUUAAACUUAGCCACUUUUGGAUAGGGUUAAGACAUGCAGGAGAAUCAGGUUGCUUUGAUUUUGGCAGAAAUAAAUAAAUUAAGAGAUUAAUUAUAAUAUUAUUGUACAACAACAGACUUUUCGAAUGAAAAUGCUAAGAAAGAAAUAAGGAUUAAGUUUGUAUAAGAUCAUGCUGAUGAAGAGUUAGAAAAGGCAAGAAGGGAAUUCAAAAGUAAAGUAGACAAGAAGGUUGAAUAAACAGAAAUUGCUAAAAUAGAGAAAGAUAUUAUGUUAUUGAGAGAACAAUUAGGAAAAUCAUAAUAGAGAAAAUCUUAACCUAAUAUUGAAACCCCACUGAGACAAUCAAAUGUAGAUAAAGAAUUACAAAAUUAAAUUAAAGAAUUGUAACAAUCAAUAAAAGAAAUUGAGGGGUAUAUAAGAUUUAUAUCUUUUUAGUGAUUUAUUGAUACACAAAACAUAAAUGAAUUAGAAUAAUCAAUUUACUCAUGUAAAAUUAGCUGAAUUGGAGAAAAAGCUUUAAGGAAUUCAAACAGAUAAAAUUUAUAUUGAAUUAUAGAAUUAAAGAGAAUAGAUGGAUUUAAUUAAACGUGAUUAAGAUUAAAAUAAAAUUAAGAUAAACAAUUUUGGAAAGAAAAUUGAAUCAAUUAUAACUAAAGAUGAAUUAUUCNUAAAAUAGUAAGAACAGAAUUUGCAAGAUCUGGAAGGAGAAUAAUCUGCCUAAGCUAAGAAAAUAGAAGACUUAAAUAAUAAUUAAGCACAAUAAUCUGAGUAGUUAAACAAACUAAGUCAAGAAAUUGAAAAUGUUAAGAAAUAAAUGAGUGGUUUCUAAAAUGAGUUGCAUGAAGUGGAAGAACGCAAACCAGAACAGAUUAUAAUAGAAAAGGAAAUAAUCAAAGAAGCCCCCGCUUAGCCAAUUGCUUUACCUAUUUAAUAUGCAGGGAUCGAUGAUGAAAUAAAAAGAUUAAACUAAAUCACCCUAGAAUUAAGUAAAUAUGUACAUUAGAGCUAGAGUAAAAACAAGAAUAGUUGUCAUAAGAAUUAGCGAAUUUAAGGGAGGGACUAAAUAAUAUCAAAGUUCCUGAGGAAAAUCAACCAGUAGAUUUAUCAGAUAUCAAUAAGAAAUUGGAUGGCCAUGAAAGUGAGAUUUAAUCUUUAUUUGAAAUUGUUGAUAGUGUGAAAUAGAAGUUAAAAGAUUAAAAUAAUAAUUAAUAAUCUGAUGUCUUAAGUGAAGAAUUCAUCUAAAUUAAAAAUGAUAUUAAGAAAUUGCAAUCAUAAAUUGAGGCUUUGUAAACAUAAUUAAACUUAGCCACUUUUGGAUAGGGUUAAGACAUGCAGGAGAAUCAGGUUGCUUUGAUUUUGGCAGAAAUAAAUAAAUUAAGAGAUUAAUUAUAAUAUUAUUGUACAACAACAGACUUUUCGAAUGAAAAUGCUAAGAAAGAAAUAAGGAUUAAGUUUGUAUAAGAUCAUGCUGAUGAAGAGUUAGAAAAGGCAAGAAGGGAAUUCAAAAGUAAAGUAGACAAGAAGGUUGAAUAAACAGAAAUUGCUAAAAUAGAGAAAGAUAUUAUGUUAUUGAGAGAACAAUUAGGAAAAUCAUAAUAGAGAAAAUCUUAACCUAAUAUUGAAACCCCACUGAGACAAUCAAAUGUAGAUAAAGAAUUACAAAAUUAAAUUAAAGAAUUGUAACAAUCAAUAAAAGAAAUUGAGGGGUAUAUAAGAUUUAUAUCUUUUUAGUGAUUUAUUGAUACACAAAACAUAAAUGAAUUAGAAUAAUCAAUUUACUCAUGUAAAAUUAGCUGAAUUGGAGAAAAAGCUUUAAGGAAUUCAAACAGAUAAAAUUUAUAUUGAAUUAUAGAAUUAAAGAGAAUAGAUGGAUUUAAUUAAACGUGAUUAAGAUUAAAAUAAAAUUAAGAUAAACAAUUUUGGAAAGAAAAUUGAAUCAAUUAUAACUAAAGAUGAAUUAUUCUAAACUUUUGAUCCUAAAAUUAAAUAAGUAAGAGAUGAAAUUCAAAAAGUUGAAGAUGAAACUAAAUUAAGCAUUGACAGAAAAGCUGAUGCUUAAGAAGUCAAAGAAUUGAAUCAAACGUUUUUGGAUUAAUUGCAAAAGGUUGUCACUGAACUAAUCAAAACAUUAGCCAAUAAAUAAGAAACCAAGAAAGCUUUGAUAUAUCUGGAAUAAAAAGUAUAUUAGAAAUUACUAUGUAGAUUAAUUAAAUAUUCAUGAUACUUGAAGGAGAUGGAUCAAAAGAUCAGGAUUCCUUAUUUGUCAAAAAACCUCUAUCUUGGAGUUGUGCCUCAUGUGACAAGGACUUAGACAAAUAUAAAGGACAAUUAGGAGACUUCAAGAAUUGGGCUGUUUUCCCGCCAAAGGAAACAUCACCUGAGAGGAUGGGCAAAGUAAAUUUUGAGAAAUAAUAACUAGUUUGGAAUUGGUUAUAAAAAUAUGCAAGAAAAAUUGAGAUCUCACAGGGAAAAAUUAGAUAAGGAUAGGAGUUAAAAUGAGAAAGAUUCCAGUUAAUAAUAAUAAAGCAUGACAUUAAGUCAAAGUUAAACUCAAUUACCAAAAAUUAAAUAAUGA